UGCAAAGCAUUUGUUUAUGUUUGAUAAAAUGGCUGGAAAUACGGAAAACAGCAGUGCCGAGAGCACUAAUGAGAACAUUGAUCUCACGCUCUAUCGCAAACUGGUCAGGCAGUUCAUAGACAUGCGUCGAUAUUCGACAGCAUUGUUUUGGGCAGAAAAGGUAGCCGUGCUGAGUGGCCAGGAGCCGCGCGAUGUCUACUACCAGGCGCAGUGCAUGUUCCUCCUGGGCGAGUUCCAUCGUGCGGCGCACACCAUCCAGCAUUACAAGCUGGAGAAGACUUCCUUGCCAUGCUUCAAUCUAUUGCUGGAGAGCCUCUACGCGGCCAAAGAGUACAACAAUGCGGCAAACAUAAUCCAAAUCGUUGAGGUCGAGACUAUGACCGCAUCCCUGCUUAAUCAGCCGCCAGAUAUGGGCAGCGGCUGCUGCCUGGAGACAAACAUCGUCUUUGGCGGCGAAGAGAACAAUCGCAACGAGUUGCUGGCCUCCAUCUUCCUGAUGAAGGGCAAAGUUUACGAGGCAUUGGAUAAUCGUGGCAUGGCUAUGGAUUUUUAUGUGCAGGCUCUUCACAAAUCUAUAUAUUGCUUUGAGGCGCUCGAUGCGUUGGUUCAGCAUGAAAUGCUUAUGGCCUGGGAGGAGUUUGAGCUGAUGCAUCAUUUGCCAUUGGCCCAACAGUCCAGCGAUUCAGACGCCAAGUUCAUCUUGAAGCUGUACGAGUCGCGAUUGAAGAAGUACUAUGAAUUGAUAUCAGCGCGUAACGCUGAGGAAAUCUCACCCAUUGUCAAUCCGGAUGUGCUGAAGUAUAUUAAAGAGUUUACGGUGCGUGUGCAGCAAACUUGUUCGUCGGACGGAAUCUUGCCCAAGCCGACAGAGCCCAAACUACCAUUGACGCCAAGACAGUUUAUGUCGCCCGCCCAAAAAGUGCUGGAGGAUCUGAAAGCUCCGUCGUUUUCGUUGCAGACGAGCCUGUCACGCGCCUCCUCCAUGAUUGAUGCCACGGCGCGUUCGAUCUUCGAUGCCUCCCAUCAUCGCUGUUCGCGCGAACCGCAGGCGGACACUUUGAUGACCCUCAACGAUUGCUUGCUGAGAGUGCAGCGCAGCACAGAUCUUCUGUCGGCGGAAGCUGAGAAAUGUUUCUAUGACUGCGACUACAAGCAAUGCCUGAAAAUCUUAACUAACUUGCUAAAGGUUGAUCCAUUUCACAACAAUGCGCUAACCAUACAAAUUGCAUGCCUUGUGGAGAAUGGUGACUUCAACAGACUCUUCUAUGUGGCACACAAAUUGGUCGAUCGGUAUCCGGACAAGGCGAUUUCGUGGUAUGCCGUUGGUUGCUACUACGACAUGAUUGGCAAAAGCGAUCCGGCACGCCGGUACUUAUCAAAGGCUACUUCGCUGGAUCGUUUCUACGGGCCUGCUUGGCUGGCCUAUGGUCAUUCGUUCGCCAAUGAGAACGAGCAUGAACAGGCCAUGGCCGCCUACUUCAAGGCAACGCAGCUGAUGCGCGGCUGUCAUUUGCCCCUGCUUUAUAUUGGUGUGGAGUGUGGACUUACCAAAAAUUUGGAAUUGGCCGAGAAAUUCUUUCUGCAAGCGAUGACAAUUGCACCAAUGGAUGUCUAUGUCCUGCACGAACUGGGCGUCAUCAAAUACGAAUAUGAGUAUUAUGAUGGGGCUGCCACCAUCUUUCAGUGUACCGUGGACAUUAUUAAGCAGCGCGCCAAGACGAACAAUGAGGAGGUUUCUGCACGCUGGGAGCCUCUAUUUAUAAAUCUGGGACACUCCUGUCGGAAAAUACAAAAAUACGAGGAGGCACUGUAUAAUUUUCAAUUUGCCCUGUUGUUGAAACCGCAAAGUGGGACAACAUAUACCUCGAUUGGCUUUAUACAUGCUCUACUUGGCAAUUUGGACAAGGCCAUUGAGUAUUUCCACAAGAGCCUAGCGCUAAAUCGUGACUGCAUUGUCACCUCGACCAUAUUGAAGAAUUGUAUCGAGGAUAUGAUGGAUGACACGGGCACCAUCGAUGAGAUUUGCAGCAAGGCAUUGAGAGAUGUCACUAAAUCAAUAACGUCGAGAAGCCAGCGUGUUCUAAAUGCAGUUAAAUUGAGCGGCAUUAAAAUGAAUCUCGAAUUCGUUGAAGAGGAGGAGCUAUCCAAUUCGGAUUCAAAUAUGGUUGUAGAAAUGAGCUUCGAUACGUAGACAACUUUGAUGCAAACAACUUAUGCAUGCACACAUUCUCAACCAAAAAAAAAAAAAAGGCUGGCAAACUGAGUUUUCCCCACAUUUUCUGUUGAUGACUCAUUCAAACUCAUAAAAUAUGCUGCAAGCUGCUGCUUGUGCCAUCUGCACUUGAACCCAAUUCAUGCACACGGCUUGCACAGCUGUUCAGCUGUUCUGGCUAAUGAACCAAAACCAAAGUAGAGAAUGGGAUUUUCGAGAAUGUUUUCCCCAUUGCUAUUUGAAGUUGCCGCCGUGUUGUGUUUUGUGUUUGUAUGCUUUGUAUUAGGUAUUUAAGUCUGCGAAUUGUUCUUAUUGAGAUCAUCAUUGUGUUCUUGGUUGACAUUAAAUUCACUAUAUAUUCAAUUUA